AGAAAAUAAAGCCAAGGCUGCAAGGACAAGUUUGUCAUCUGCUCUGAGCUACCAGGGGCCCCGCCAGGAACUCCAGGCCCGAUUGGGACCCAUCCCUUUGGAGCAGCUGCUUCAGACUAGGCUAGAAAUCACGGAGCUCUAGUGGUCAAGGGAGCCAUGGAGGACAGAGCUGGUCAGCAAGAGAGACCUAGCCUUCGUCUGGAAAAGCUACAGCACUGGGCCAGGCACAGGCAGAGUGGGCGCCUCCUGGUGCUGGCGGUGAGCCAGCUAUGGCUGGCAGUGGCCGUGGUGCCCUUUGCUGUCUCAGUAGCCUGCCUGAACUCUGCUUGUCACAUGACCACAGCACUGCCACUUGGGCCUGGCAUACUGGGUCUCCUCACUGGGAUUGUUACUCUUGAGCUGCGCAGAGCACCCCGUCUCUGGAAGGUGCGCGCCAUGAUGAUAUUCAACACCUUUACUCUGAUCUCGGGCUUCAUCGCAUUGGUGGUCGAGGUGAUGAAGACAGCCUUGAUGUCUGCCCGAACCAUCCCCUCCGAGCUAGCUGGCUUGUUGGUGCUGGAGCUCAGCGCUGAGGCCUUCACCCUAGGGGGAGUGCUGGUCUCAGCAUACUCCCUGUUCCUGCUGAGCCAGAGGAAGCCAAGAUGCUGCAGAAGCCAGAGUCUUCGCUACCAGGAGCUACAGGAGGGCCUCUCAGAGUUGGAGGAAGUUCCUGAGUUGGAGACUGGUCCCACAAUGGCUAGCACAGCAAAGAGAACAAAUGAGUGA